AUUGUCUCUCUCCCAGCAGGUGCUAAGAGAGUGAGUGAGAGUGAGGAUGGGAAUCAUGAGGACGUUCCUGGGGAAGUUGAUGAAUCUAUUAUAGGUGGUGGAGGACACAAGGAUCCCACAGCCCAGCAGAGAAAUCCCAAUGAAGAGAAACCCUAUUGGUGCCUCGACUAUGGGAAAGGAUUCAUUCUGAGCUCACACCUUGUGACACAUCAGAGCAUCCACACUGGAGAGAAACCCCUUCAAUGCUUGGACCGUGGCGAAAGCUUCAGUAAUUGCUCAGACCUGAAUAACCAUGGGAGAAGCCACACAGGCGAGAAACCCUCUCAGUGCCUCAAGUGCUGGAAAUCUUUCUACUCAAAGUCAGCACUAAUGAGACAUCAGAGAACCCACACAGGAGAGAGACCCCAUAUGUGCUUAGACUGUGGGAAAAGUUUCACACAGAAAUCAGGCCUUGUUACACAUGGGAGAAUCCACACAGGAGAGAGACCCCAUAAGUGCUUAGACUGUGGGAAAAGUUUCACACAGAAAUCAGGCCUUGUUACACAUCGGAGAAUCCACACAGGAGAGAGACCACAUAAGUGCUCAGACUGUGGGAAAAGUUUCACACAGAAAUCAGGCCUUAUUACACAUCAGAGAAUCCACACAGGAGAGAGACCCCAUAAGUGCUUGGACUGUGGGAAAAGUUUCACACAGAAAACAGGCCUUGUUACACAUCAGAGAACCCACACAGGAGAGAGCCCCCAUAAGUGCUUAGACUGUGGGAAAAGUUUUGCACACAAAACAGGCCUUGUUACACAUCAGAGAAUCCACACAGGAGAGAGACCCCAUAAGUGCUUGGACUGUGGGAAAAGUUUCACGGAGAAAUCAGGCCUUGUUAAACAUGGGAGAAUCCACACAGGAGAGAGACCCCAUAAGUGCUUGGACUGUGGGAAAAGUUUCAUACAGAGAUCUUCCCUUGUUUCACAUCAGGCAAUCCACACAGGAGAGAGACCCCAUAAGUGCUUGGACUGUGGGAAAAGUUUCAUACAGAGAUCUGCCCUUGUUUCACAUCAGGCAGUCCACACAGGAGAGGUUCCCUAUAAGUGUUUACACUGUGGGAAAAGUUUCACAUGGAGAUCUGCCCUUGUUUCACAUCAGAGAACCCACACAGGAGAGAAACCCCAUAAGUGCUUGGACUGUGGGAAAAGCUUCAUACAGAGAUCUGCCCUUUUUUCACAUCAGGCAACCCACACAGGAGAGAGACCUUAUAAAUGCCUCUACUGCGGAAAUGGUUUCCUUUGGAAGUCAGACCUUAUACGACAUCAGAGAAUCCACACAGGCGAGAGACCCCAUAAGUGCUUAAACUGUGGGAAAAGUUUCACACAGAAAUCAGUCCUUGUUACACAUCAGAGAACCCACACAGGAGAGAGACCCCAUAAGUGCUUGGACUGUGGGAAAAGUUUCAAGGAUAAAUCAGGCCUUGUUAAACAUGGGAGAAUCCACACAGGAGGGAGACCCCAUAAGUGCUUAGACUGUGGGAAGAGUUUCAUAUGGCGGUCAGGCCUCUUUAAACAUCAGAGAAUCCACACAGGAGAGAGACCCCAUAAGUGCUUGGACUGUGGGAAAAGUUUCACAUUGAGAUCAGACCUUGUAAGACAUCAGAGAAUCCACACGGGAGAGAGACCCCAUAAGUGCUUAGACUGUGGGAAAAGUUUCAUAUGGAGGUCAGGCCUCUUUAAACAUCGGAGAAUCCACACGGGAGAGAGACCCCAUAAGUGCUUGGACUGUGGCAAAAGUUUCACGUUGAGAUCAGACCUUAUAAGACAUCAGAGAAUCCACACGGGAGAGAGACCCUAUAAGUGCUUGGACUGUGGGAAAAGUUUCACACUGAGAUCACACCUCAUUAAACAUGGGAGAAUCCACGGGAGAUCACACCUCUUUAAACAUGGUAGAAUCCACACAGCAUUUAAACUUCUGUGACCCAUGGCCAGAAAGAGUGAAGCAACUUGCAGGCUAAUUGAUCUAGAUUCAGCCUUUCGAGACAUGCUUCUAAGCCCUGGUCUACACUAGGACUUUAGGUCGAAUUUAGCAGCAUUAAAUCGAUGUAAACCUGCAGCUGUCCACACGAUGAAGCCCUUUAUUUCAACUUAAAGGGCUCUUAAAAUCGAUUUCCU